CACGUGCACUUGCUCGUGAUAGUGAUAUAUGUGAAUACUGGAAUCGCGCAUAUAUGAAUUGGGGAACUCUCGACGUGUGGGAUGAGUUUUUUAAAGAGAAAACUCGCAAUUCAAGUUUGCAUGAUUCACACUUCUAUUUAACUAAAGAACUCGAAAUAUUAAGAGAGAAAUUUGGUCCUAAUACAAAUCAGGGAAAGAAGAUUGCUGCUCUCCUCAAGGCUCUGAAGGUUAAGAAAAGAAAAGUAGAUCACGAAAAUGAUGAUGGCAAUGUAUAUGAAGUAGAAGAACUCCACGUCAAUGUUGGUGAAUUUCCUGCGUUGCUCAAGUACUGUCAAAGUAUCAAUGAAAUGCAAGAAAAUCAUAUUGAUGAGGUUUCUCAGUUAGGGAGACACCUUUCUAUGCUUUUAAAAUGGUCAGUUAUAGAUAGUAGGCUUUUCGAGACACCUGUAACUCCACUGACUAUUUCGAAACCUGCUCUUAAUCUCCAUAACCUCAAAGUCAUACUUGAAGAAUAUCCUGGCCUACAAGCUGAUAAUAUUCUGGAUACAUUGAUUGAAAAUAAAAAAAAUCGGAAUAAUACUUAUACAGCACUUUCAGCAAUCAUGUCAGUACUCCUUUAUAAUCCUGUUCAAUGUCGAGGACUUGGUAGCCACCCAUCAGAAGCUCAUGUCAAGAUUCAGAUGUGGUCAAAAAUAUUAUCAGAUUCGUUUGUUCUAAAUCAAGUUCGAUUCGAACCAAUCUGGGAGCUUAACCACCUUAUUCCUGGAAAUGCUAAGGAAGGUUCAUCAAGAUCUGAUUUUGCUGCCGUGAUUUUGAACUCGAAGCAAUGGCAAUUCCCUUUUUUCAUUGUUGAAUUUGAACAGCACGGUUUUGAAGUUCACAAGGAUUUUGCAGUUGUUGUUUGCGAGGCUGUAUUUGAGCUAAAUAAAAUUUUAUCAAGAACACAAGGUCUUUUGCCUGCUGAAAUAAUUCAAAUUAAGAUAUAUGUUGGACUCAUUAACGAUAUGUCCAUUAACAUGGGUGUGAUCAGACCAAUAUUUAAUAAUGAUGAGACAGCGGUACUUUUUGCAUAUGAUCAGGACAUUGUUUCUUAUAACAUUCAAACAAGUUACCAACAUGAUAAUGUAAAGAAUGUUCUUGAUUUAAUAGUAUAUUUUUGGCAAAUUGUGUGCAGAGAUGGACUAGUCAUCAAGGACUUCCUGGUAAAAUCGGCAACUCACUAUAAUCAAAGUAUUUUGAAGGCAAUACCAAAACUCCCAAAUACAGCAGAAAAAUCUCGAGAAGCGGUUACUAAGAUAACACCUAGGAAAAAGCGGGUCAAGUAUAUAUAUCAAUGGAAUUGA